AUGGCCGGCACCGCCCAGGGCGCCGUGGACUCGCUGCUGGGCCGCCUCUCGUCGGUGCUCCUGGAGGAGGCGCAGCUGCUGCGCGGCGUCCGCGGCGACGUCGAGUUCAUCAAGGACGAGAUGGAGAGCAUGAACGGCUUCCUCCUCGACGUCGCGGCCGCCGACCGCCCCAACCACCAGGUCCGGGCCUGGGCCAAGCAGGUCAAGGAGCUCGCCUACGACUCCCAGAACUGCAUCGACCGCUACGUGCAGUGCGUCUCCGACGUCCCCGGCGCCGGGGCCGGCUCCGGCGCGGGCGUCCUCGCCACCCUCCGGCGCGCCCCGCGCCUGCUGAGCACCAUGCCGGCCCGUCACCGCACCGCGGUGCGGAUCCGGGAGCUCAAGGCCCGGGCGCGCGACCUGGGCGAGAGGCGGCGCAGGUACGACGUCACCGUCCCGCAUGUGGCCGCCGCCGUACCUGUCGCCGCCGCCGCCGCGGAGGACGAGCAAGACGACGCGCGGAGGCGAGCUCUGGCGAACGCCACGGAGUUCCUGGACGAGGACGUCCGGGAGGUGAUCAGCUGGCUGACCAAAGACCUGCCCCGCGGCCAUCCGCAGUGCUGGCUCCGGGUCAUCGCCAUUGUGAGGAGGCAGUACCAGGAAGACGAGUACCCGCUCACGAGGAAGGUCUACGAGCAUCCAUCCUUGUCGAGCUGCUUCCAUCUCAAGGCAUGGAUCAAUGGCAUCGAGAAGUACAUGAAGCGCAAGGAGACGCUCCAGUGCAUACUGGACCAGCUGCCCGCACUGGAUGAUGAUCAUGAUCAUGCAGACAAGUUAGCGGCAGGCGAUGGCGACAUGGAUGAGGAGGAGCAUCAGUUGGUGAAGAAGCUCAAGGAUCGUCUCAAGGGCAAAAGGUUCUUGAUUGUCGCCGCUAACGAUCCAUAUGGAAAGGUGCGGGCAGAGAUAGAAUCUGUGGCUGCUAGCCAUGGCGAUCCCUUUUCAGCUGGAAGUGCCAUCAUUGUGACGACAUGGCGGGAGCCGUUGUUGGUUCCCUACAAGGUCAAGAACUAUCUCAACAUUGACACCCUUUUCCACGAGAAAGCUGUGGCACUAGUCGGUGACCACUGCGACAGCGAUCUGCAGGAGAUCAUAAGGAAGAUACUCACAAAGCGUGGAGGGAACUUCUUCUCCAUGGAGAUGUUCCUCCGCGCGCUCUAUGUCAAUCCCAAAAGACCCAAAGAGCAGCUUCAGAUUUUGCUGGACAGCCUCACAUUUGGGAGCAUCAUUGCUACACACAUGAUACUCUUCUCCUACAAUGACCUGCCGAGCCAUUACAAGAGCUGCCUGCUGUACCUGUCCAUCCUUUUUGAGAGGAUGUAUCUGACAUCCAGCUCUCCACAGGAUUUCAGAGUCAAGAGGACAAGCAUUGUAAGACGAUGGGCGGCUGAAAACCUCAUCACCAAAAGAGAUGGGCUGGUUGCAACUGUUGAGGCUGAGCGCUGUUUUGAUGCGCUCGUAAUCCAUGGUCUAAUUCGUCCUGUUGACAUCGGUGCUGCAGGCAAAGUGAAGACCUGCACGGUGCAUCAUCGGAUUCUGUCAUUCAUUACCAAGAUGGCCAGAGAUGAGGGCUUAGUCGACACUGACCUGCCUCCUGACUUGGCUUCUCGCCUUUCUAUCCGCAAUGGAAUCAGGCUGCAACAACUCCAGCACCACAAAAUGAAAAAUGUAAAGGGAUUCGUGGAAGUGCUGGACCUAGAAGGAUUCAAAGGGUUGAAGAAACACCACCUCAAGGACAUCUGCAACAAGGUAUAUCAGCUCAAGUAUCUGAGUAUAAGGAACACUGAUAUCACUGAGCUCCCAAAGGACAUUGAGAAGCUCAGAUACCUGGAGACACUUGACAUCAGACAAACCAAGAUACGGACAUUGUCCUCAAAAGCUGUCGUGCUACCAAAGCUGAUGCAUCUACUCGCUGGCAAUGUUGAACAUCAAAGAAAGGAUGCUGCCUCUGGGUCAGGGGGCAGGUCAUUUUCCACUGUGCAAAUGCCUCGUGGAAUCGGGAGCAUGACAGAUUUGCAGAUUCUGUGCCAUGCUGAAGUCUUCAACAGUGCUGAUGAAUUGAUGGAAGUUGGACGGCUGCAACAACUGAGAAAGCUGGGUGUGGUUCUCCGUGGCAAGGAAGCUCGUCUUGGUCAUUUUCUACGGGUGAUUGAGAGGCUGAAUGAAUGUCUCAGCUCUUUGUCGCUCCGAAUUGAGCUAACUAGCAGCAGCGAAACUCCUGACCUGAACAUGGAGAAGACUGCAUUCUCACCCCCAAAAUUACUUGAGAGCCUAACCAUCAAUGGCACCAUAACCGGGCUGCCUAGUUGGAUCAAGGAGCUUCAUCUACUUUCCAAGAUAACUCUAUGUGGUACUUCCUUGAUGGACAAUGCCAUCUGGAGUCUUGGUGAGCUCAGCAGCUUGCGGUACCUCAGGCUCUGGCACAAGUCAUACAUAGAAAUGAGGCUCACCUUCAAGGAUGAUGAGUUCUAG